AUGGGGGAUACUGGUCCCUGUGGACCCUGCACUGAGAUCCAUUAUGAUCACAAGGAUGUUGGCAGGAAUGCGGCAGCACUGGUGAAUCAAGGGAACCCUGAUGUGGUAGAGAUCUGGAACUUGGUUUUCAUGCAGUUCAACAGACACUGAGCUCACCAACAUGAGCCUUUGGCCUCUGCAUCUUACUUGCCUCUUUGUUUAUUUGUUUUGUCUGAUUCUCGUUUGACAACUGGUGUGUUGCCAGAGAAGCUGAUGGGAGUCUGUGUCAGCUACCCCAGCAUCACGUGGACACAGGGAUGGGCUUGGAAAGGUUGCUGACAGUUCUGCAAAGCAAGCGCUCCAAUUAUGACACAGACCUCUUCACUCCACUCCUGGAUGCCAUCCACAGGGUGAGACUUCAACGGGCUGACAUGUCAAGCUCUCUCGGUAGCCUCCAGAUUAGAAGUACUCUGGAUAUGUUGUGUGUGGGGUCAUGGGAGGGAAGUGGGAAGCAUUACCAGCUACUCACUAGCAAAGAGUAGUUGUUGCUUCUGGGUAAGCAGACAAAUUGCAAUGUCUUCUCCACCAUAUUUUUGUUAUUGUUUGGCCAAGAAGAAUACAUGUUGGUUUUUAUUGGCCCCACCAGAGUGCAGUGCAGUUGAAGUGGCGAGCUGCUGUCCCUCUAGCUCUCUAAACUAAAAGAGGUGGAAUGCCCCAGAGUAUUCUUUCCACAGGAGGGAGGGAGAGAGAAAGAGAGUGUUGUGGUAUUGUUGCACAAUCACUGUGUGGGUCAUGAGGUUCAGCAGCAUGCUGCUUUUCCUGCAUUGCAGCUGGCCCUUUAAAAGUGAAAGGAGCCUCACUGAGGGAACGGAAGCUUUUCCUGACUGUAAAAACCCACCCCCUAAGAGCUGAAAGAGAUGGCUGCUGUGGCACCAUGGCAGUCCUGUUGCUAGGAAGGAGUUUUUUGCCACUUCCCCAGCCAUCUGCUCAGACCGUAAAAGGCUGGGAGAAAUGGCCGUGGUUUGACCUUCAGUGUUCAUUUCAGAGAAAUAAGUUAAGCUUGGUAUUUAAAAAAAACAGGGAUGAAAGGACAGCCAGGCAGGCUUUACAGAUAUAUCAAGAAAGAGGAUCUAUAUAAUAACCUAGGCCUUAGUUUGAAAAAAGGCAUUAGCUUGAAACAGUGUUGGAGAAACGCUUGAAAACAGUGUUUGAGGAAUGUAGAACAGACAAUGUUAAGGAAAAGUUAUGCUGUUUGAGGGUGUGUAUAGUUAUUUAUAGUUAUUGUGUAUAGUUAUUUAUUGCUGCAUGUUUUUCAGCAUGGAUCCGUUUCUCAGACUUUCCUAAAAUAUUUCUGAAUUUCCCUUUCAGGGUUCUGGCAGGCCCCCAUACCAGGGUUUGGUUGGGGAGGCAGAUGCUGGAGGUGUGGAUAUGGCCUACAGAGUGGUGGCAGAUCACGUGCGCACGCUCUCUGUGUGCAUUGCCGAUGGUGUUUAUCCAGGCAUGUCUGGUGCCGAGUAAGGAAGCUGCACAGUAACGGGCUAGUUGGGACAGAGAAGGGACUAAUCUUAAAUAGCCUGAGUAGCUGUAGGAUGAGGCCUUCCUGGGUAUCUUUUGAGAGUGUUUAAAGAUACUCUGAACAAAGAAGUGGAGACUUGGGAUAGGCUUAGUGACUAAAGUUUUUAGGUGGUUAGGAAACUGGGUGUAGGAGUGAGGAAGUAGUGUGGACUAUGGAUGUGACAAGUGCAUGUAAGUUGCUGGACACCGGUAGUGGCCAGGGAAUCUCAAGUCCUUGGCUAGGAAGGUGACAGGGCACAUGCCGAAGGAAUUUUGCUGGGCUUUGUGAAGGUAGAUAGCCAUGGUGAGAUAGCAUCAAGGGUCAGCACAGCUGACUACAAAUAACUUUUAUUGUUUGCAGGCUUGUUCUACGCCAUAUCUUGCGUAGGGCUCUAAGAUUUUGUUCUGAAGUUCUUCAUGCUCCACCUGGUUUCCUGGGCAGCUUGGUUCCUGUCGUGGUUGAGAUCCUGGAGGAAGUUGCUUAGGAAGUCAGUCCUAAUCUGGGCUAUGGAUGUAUUAGUGAAUAACUCGAUGGGAAAGGGGAUUGUUAUUGCUUCUAGAAAGGAAAAAAUCCUUCCAUUAUGGGGAGAUGCCUAUCCAGACCUGAAGACAGAAACGGACAGGGUUAUAAGUAUCAUCAACGAGAACGAGAAUGCAUUUCUGUCCUGUCUCUUCCGAGGGCGUCGCAUUAUAAACAGAACGCUCCAACAGAUGGAUCAUUCCAAAGUCUUCCCAGUGGAAGUUGCUUGGGGUCUUCACAGAAACUUGGGAUUCCCGCUGGACCUUAUUGGCUUGAUGCUUGAAGAGAAUGGGGUCCAGUUGGACAUUGCUGCUUUGGACCAGCUGGCUCAGGAGGAUGCUGAACGCAAAGCUCCAAAACAGCAAGAGGAGAGCUCAGGGAUGCUGCUAGAUGUGCAUUCGCUGGCUAAGCUGCAGCAGGAUGGUGUGCCUGUUACUGAUGACUCACCUGUGUUUGCCUAUGAACUUGGACCAGAUGGGAAUUAUGUCUUCAACCCAUGCCAAGCCACUGUUCUAGUGCUGUAUAAGGAGGGGUCUCUCCAGAAAGAAGUUGGUGGGGGACAGCGCUGUGGUGUCCUCUUAGACAGGACCUGCUUCUAUGCUGAGAAGGGUGGCCAGACAUCUGAUCAAGGCUACAUGGUGCAUCAUGAACAGCAGGACGUGCUUUUUCCAGUGGUGUCUGUACAAGUUUCUGGUGGCUAUGUGAUCCAUGAAGUGAUUGUUUCUGAGACCUUGAAGGCUGGGGACCAAGUACAGCUCUUUGUAGAUGAGACCCAGCGACUGGCUUGCAUGGUGAACCACACCGCCACUCACCUGCUGAACUUUGCACUUCGCCAGGUCUUGGGAGACAAUAUAAGACAGCAGGGGUCCCAAGUGACUGCUGAGCGGCUACGGUUCCAUGUCAGCACCAAGGCUCCUAUCAAGACUGAACAGUUGCAAGAAAUAGAGGGUGUGAUCCAAGAAAUAAUCAAACGGAAUGAGCUGGUCUACACAGCUGAGGUCGCCAUCCAGCUGACAGAUGGCGUGCAGGGACUCCGGAAACUGGAUGAAGUGUACCCUGACCUAUCACGGGUGGUGUCUGUGGGGGUCCCAGUAGAGAGACUAUUGGUUCCAGAGUCCCAGGAUGCCUUGCACACCUCUGUGGAACUCUGCUGUGGAACGCACCUUCAGCAUACAGGAGCCAUAGAGGACCUCACUAUCAUCUCUGAGCGGCAGCUAGUCAAAGGAAUCAGCUAUAUCGUUGCAGUGACCAGAGAGCAAGCCAGGCAGGCCCGGGAAACAGGCCAGUUUUUGGCAAAAGAAGUGGAUUCCCUCUCUGUCCGAGUGAAACAGGGAGGGUUCUCUCUAAAUGGAGCACAGAAACUCUCCAGGGAGGUGGGCCUUCUGACCGAUAUGGUGGAGAAUACUGCAAUCCCACAGGCGUUGAAAAGGGAACUGCACGCCACUCUCAAAACUCUGCAACGAGUUUCCAAUUCUGCCAUUAGAAAACAGGAAACCAAACUGGCUGCCGAGAAGGUUCCCAACCUGCUGGCAAAGCAUUCCAGCCAGCCAGUCAUAAUUGAUACUAUCCCUGUUGAAUCACCCUCGAUCCUGAUGAAAGUGGUCAACCAGCUGUGUGACAAAAGGCCGGGCGCCUCAGUCAUGUUGCUAAGCCCACAAGCUUCUGGCCAGGUUUUCUGUGCUUGCCAGGUAUCUAAGAGUUUAUUGCCGGUGUUUUCUGCUGCUGAUUGGGCCCUGGCUGUUUGUACUGCAAUGGGAGGCAAGGCAGGUGGUUCUGGAGUUGUAGCCAGGGGUUCUGGAAGCACCAAUAACUUGCAGCUGGUCCUAACUGCAGCUUUGGAAUAUGCAAAGAACAAACUCUGACGUCUGCCUGCAUGGUCUAAGGCGUGCAAAGGACACUGAGACAAGGCCAUGCUUUGACUUCUUAGGACUCGCUGUAGAGAAGCACACAACUGGUCAGCUGCUCUUGGUGAUGUUGGCACCAUGGACUCUGGAUUGCAGUUUUCUAAGGGAAUGUCUAGGUUUCAGCAUAGUCUACACGUGACCCAUUUGUCUACAUAGAGAUUGCUGUGGAUCUUGAUUUGUACAUGUGAGGAUAAUGUUGGAAGAAGAAUAGAUCUGUUUUAUCCUAUAAGCAGGAAGUAGUGGUGUGGACAUUGAUACAACUUUCUCCCUCUACAUUGUUGAUGAUACUCUGGAGAGAAGUUAAGGAGUGGAGAGUUGCCAUGCUGAUAAUAAAGAACAGUCAAAAGAUGUGCA